CCGCUCCACCUAGAAGGCGAGAUCUGUCACCGCUCACUCAUUUGGCUGCGAAAGGAGCACUAAAGUGCGCGCACGUAUACGCGCGGGAGUGUGCGGCAAAGGGAGGAACAGGAGGAGGAAGGAGGGGGAGCGAGCGAGGCAGCUUUCAACAGUUGAAGAGGAGACGCGGACUCAUUCUGAUUAUCUUCAAUCAUCUCGCACCUUAUUUUCUCUCCGCCGUGCAACAGAUAAGGCUGGCCGCUGAUGGAUGCAAAGAGGAGCGCCUUCGAAUCGGACUGGAUUAUGGGAUUAGCGGACUGAUUAGUGGACACCCCCCCCCCCCCAAAAAAAGAAGAGAAGUGGCCGCUGUGGAUGCUCCUCGGCGGAGGAAGGGCAGGAACACACAAAAGGUUGCGCCGGAGAGAGAGAGAGAGAGAGAGAGAGAGCGGGGAGGAAAGGGGGUAGAAGCCAGCCGCUGCAGCCCGGGCUCCAUGCACACUUUCCUGGAGGAGCAGAGACCAUCAGCUCCCCCCCCACCCCCCCACCACAUAUGCAACAGUGUGCCGCACCGGAGACAAAAGUCACAAUGAACGGUAACACGGAGCGAUGGUGCGAUUUGGAGCUUUGCAGGGUGUAGAUGUCGCAUGAGGGCAAUGCGCCGCUUUUUCCCACCUUUUCCCCUCUCUUUUUUCCCGUCUUGAAAGCCACACUCUUAACCUUCACCAUGCUUUAACCUUGGACGCAGAGGGGAAUAUUAAUACUUUAUUCUCAUCGAUUAUUCAUUGCGGGAGCCCACCACACCCCCCCCUCCGGGGAGGGAAAACAAAGCAUUCCGAUGUUGAAUUUGAUCUUUAAUUCAUGCACGGGGUGUCGUCGGGCGGUCAUCUUUGUUUACAGAAAGAGUUCAUCAUCGCAGAGCGGCAUGUGAGAGAGCUAAUGCCCAUUAAAGGGGGUCCACAAAUCGAUUUGCCAUCCAAUUAGUCCUGCGGCCACAUUCCUGCUUUGGAUUUAGUGCUCUAAAGGUUUUGCCGAAUAAUCAACAGGUUGAAAGUCAAGAUUUUUUUUUUCUUUCCUCCCUUCUUUCCUGUGUGCCUGUACUGCCUAUCAAGCUGAAGGGAUGCGUCUCUCUGUUCCCAUAUUCCUUCUGCUGUGGGUUAAAGCCCUGACAUUGAAAAACCUCAGUUACUCUGUCCCGGAGGAGCAAGGACCCGGCACAAUCAUAGGUAAUAUUGCAAAAGAUGGCAGCUAUGGGACCCUGGAGAGAGGGAAAAAAUCGAACUUUCGAGUCCUGGAAAAUUCCGCACCACACCUGGUGGACGUUGACCCGGAGAGUGGACUUAUUUUCACCAAACAAAGGAUCGAUCGGGAGACCUUAUGCAGGCGGAACCCAAAGUGCCAGCUCUCCAUGGAGGUGUUUGCCAACGACAAGGAGAUAUGCAUGAUAAAGAUCGACAUACAGGACAUAAAUGACAAUUCUCCCAGUUUCCCCUCCGAUCACGUUAACAUUGAUAUCUCAGAGAACGCAGCCGCGGGCACGCGCUUCCCGCUGACUAUUGCACAUGACUUGGAUACCGGGGAGAACGGGAUAAAGACUUAUCAGGUCACCAGAGAUGAUUACAAUACAUUUUCAUUGGAUUUAAAAGUAAGGGGGGAUGGAACUAUUUAUCCAGAGCUGGUGGUUCAGAGACCUCUGGAUCGGGAGGACCAGAGCCAUCACACCCUCCUCCUCACUGCAAUUGAUGGGGGGGAGUAUCCGAGAUCGGGCUCCAUGCAAAUAAACGUCAGGGUGACUGAUUCCAACGACAAUAGCCCUAUUUUUGAGAAAUCCUCCUAUGUGCUGGAACUCCCGGAGAAUUCCCCGCCUGGAAAAGUACUCAUUGAUUUAAACGCCACUGACCAUGAUGAAGGAAGCAACGGCCAGGUGGUUUACUCCUUUACAGGAUAUGCGUCUGAGCGAAUACAAGAUCUGUUUGCCAUAGACCCCAACUCUGGUGUCAUCAAGGUCCAAGGGGAAAUUGACUAUGAGCAGAAUCCAAUCAUCGAGUUUGAUGUGCAGGCGAAAGAUCUCGGUCCCAACCCCAUACCGGGCCAUUGUAAAAUUACUGUCAAAGUACUGGACAAAAAUGACAACUCGCCAAUAAUUAGUUUUGUUUCAGUGCGGCAGGGGGCAAUCAGCGAGGCGGCGCCCUCCGAAUCUGUCAUCGCCUUGGUGAGAGUGACGGAUAAAGAUUCUGGCCGAAACGGUCAGCUCCAGUGCCGCGUGCUGGGAAAUGUUCCCUUCAGACUGCAGGAGAACAAUGACAAUUUCUACACGCUGCUCACCGACAGACCUUUGGACCGGGAAUCGAAGGAUGAAUAUAAUGUCACCAUUGUGGCCAGAGACAACGGUAUCCCCUCUUUGAACUACACCAAGUCCUUCACUGUGAAAAUCUUGGACGAGAAUGACAAUGCGCCCCGCUUUACAAAGGCCCUUUAUGUGCUACAGGUGCCUGAAAAUAACAUCCCAGGGGAGUACUUAGGCUCCGUUCUGGCCCACGACCCAGAUGUAGGCCGUAACGGAACGGUGACCUACUCCAUUAUGCCGUCGCACAUAGGCGACGUGUCUGUCUAUACGUACGUGUCUGUUAACCCCACCAAUGGAGCCAUAUACGCGUCACGCUCUUUUAACUACGAGCAGACGAAGUCCUUUGAGUUCAAAGUUCAGGCUAAAGACGGAGGCUCCCCUCACAUGGAGAGCACCUCCACCGUCAGGGUCAACAUCCUUGACGUCAACGACAAUCUCCCCGUGAUUAUUUUGCCUCUUCUGCAAAAUGAUACGGCGGAAAUCCCAGUGCCUCGAAACGUCGGUAUAGGCUACAUUGUGGCUACGGUGAAAGCGGUCGACCACGAUCACGGAGAAAGCGGACAUUUGACCUACGAGAUUACGGAGGGCAACGAAGACCACCUGUUUGAGAUGGAUCCGAUCGGGGGCGAGGUCCGAACCACCCAUGCUCUUUGGGAAGAGAUGUCACCUGUGGUGGAGUUGGUGGUUAAGGUAACGGACCACGGCAAACCGCCGUUAUCCGCCGUGGCAAAGCUAGUCAUAAAAGCAAACACGGAAACAGUGACAGGUGGCGGGGGCUCCGGCGUGAGCGGCGAGCAGCAACACUGGGACGUAUCCCUGCCCCUCAUCAUUACCCUCUGCAUUAUCUCUGUCAUGCUCUUAGCAGUCAUGACCGCCAUCGCUGUCAAGUACAAGCAUCAAGAUAAGGAGAUCGGGAAUUAUAACUGCCGCAUGGCCGAGUACUCCAACCCUCCGACGGGGAAGGGCAAAAAGAAGCGGAUCAACAAGAGUGACAUCAUGCUGGUGCAAAGCGAGAUGGAGGAGAGAGAUUCGGCCAGCCGCAUGAACGUGGUGAGCAGCCCCUCGCUCAUCACUUCUCCCAUAUGCUUCGACUACCAGACCCCCCUGCCGCUCACGCUGCCCAGGUCCGAGGUCAUGUACCUGAAAACCACCCCCAACAGUCUGACGGUACCCAGAGCGGGCUGCCACUCCAGCUUUGCCGGGCUGAGCACAGACACUCCUGCAAACAGGAUGUCAGUCAUCCAGACUGAAAACUUCCCCUCGGAGCCCAAUUAUGCUGGCAGCAGGCAGCCGUUUGUUCAAAGCUCUACAUUUAAGGAUGCAGAGCGAGCGAGCCUGCGAGACAGUGGCCAUGGUGAUAGCGACCAGGCUGAUAGUGACCAGGAUACUAAUAGAGGCUCCCAGUGUGACACGUCUGCCAGGGAGGCCCUCAAGAUGAAAGCCACAUCAGUUAAUGGGCAGCCUUUUGAGCAGGAACAAGACAAAUCAGUCCACUGCACCGACGAGUGUCGCGCGCUGGGACACUCUGACAGAUGCUGGAUGCCAAAGUUACGGAUCGGAAGCCAAGCGGACAGUGCCGAUAAUCGCACCAACCUUUUCAUCCCCGUGGGUAUGGACGCCAUGGUAGAGACAGAGAUUUAUGGCACCAUCAGCCGCGGCGGCCGGAAAGCCCUCAGCACCUUCGGGAAGGAGCAGCGGGACAGCACCAUCCUGGUGGCCAACGUCAAGCCGUACUUGAAAUCGCAGCGGGCGCCGUGCCCGCCCCUGCAGGAGAGUCCGCCGGCCCCCGGGAGUCCCACUAAGAGCGGGUCGGCCCUGGACUCGGAGGAGCGAGAGGUCAAGGAGGAGAGGGAGGGGGGCUCGGACAGCAGUGCCUACGGCCCGCCGGACGGCCAGUGCUCCCCGCUGCACACCGAGUUGGAGGAGCCCUCCUACCUGACCUGCGAGCUCCGCCCUAAGGCGCUGUCCAGCAGCCUCAUUCACAGCUCCGUCAUCAGCCAGGAGUGCGGCGGGUCCGAAUACGAGACGCCAGACUCGGGGAACUGACACGGCUGACCCCGUCCGUAACCCCCGCCCACACACACACACACACACACACACACACACACACACACACACACAUACACACACACUCUCGGCCGACAGGCGUGUGUGUGUAAUUAGGGCGGAUUGUUUUUCUUUUAUUGUUGUAUUCUUUGGGGUCCGAACAUUGUAUAACCAAAAAUCAUCCGAUUUGUGUGUUCCUUUAUGUUUUUUGUUUGUUAAUUCAGUGACUUGAAGGGAUGGGCUUUUCAUUAUUUUUUGGGAAAUAAUACGGGAAAAAUUAAGUAUCGGCAUCGCUCGCUGAAUGUUCUGAACGCCUGUUUCCAUGUCCGUGUCGUAUUAAGCUGAAAAACUCGUGCCUGUAGCUCAACGUCCCAAAUCAUUGAUUUUUUUUUCAUGUCGUAUCUUAAAGGGGGGGGCCUUUGGGAUGGUCAUUUUUUUCAUAACAUUGCACAUUUUCCAAUGCCAUCCACUUGGAUUUAUGUCGCCCAUUUAAAGGCCUACUGAAAGGAGAUUUUUUUUAUUCAAACGGGGAUAGCAGCUCCAUUCUAUGCGUCAUACUUGUUAAUUUCGCGAUAUUGCCAUAUUUUUGCUGAAAGGAUUUAGUAGAGAACAUCGACGAUAAAGUUCGUAACUUUUGGUCGCUAAUAAAAAAAAGCCUUGCCUGUACCGGAAGUAGCAGAUGAUGUGCGUGUGACGUCACGGGUUGUGGAGCUCCUCCCAUCUGAACAUUGUUUACAAUCAUGGCCACCAGCAGCUAGAGCAAUUCAGACCAAGAAAGUGAAAAUUUCCUCUUUAAUUUGAGCGAGGAUGAAAGAUUCGUGGAUGAGGAUAGUGAAG